AUGGCUUUGACUCAAGAGGCGAUUUUAAACACACUAUUAGAAAGCAAAGGAAAGGUGAAAAACUCCGAGCUGCUGAGCAAGUUCAAAGAUCUACUAAACUGCAGUGAUCCAGCGGAGAAGAAACAGAACCGAGAUCUCUUCAAAACCUUUGUGAACAACAUUGCUGUCGUGAAAGACUUCCAGGACGCCAAGUAUAUAGUCCUAAAGAAAGUGUACCAUCAUUUACUAGAAGCCUCAAACGACGAAAGCGCACCAACAGAAGAUUGCGGUCGAGAUGGAUCACAUCCAGAAGAAGAUGAGAAGGAAAAAUCCACUCAUUCCCAAAAUGCAGAAGGUAAGAAGUCUGAACAGAAAGCUCUGAGCAGAUCUUCGUCAAAGGCUUCAGACGGCAGCGCAGAACUCUCCCCAAUAGAGAUUGCUUUGGAAAGAAGCAAGAAUGUGGACUUUAAACCUAAAAGGUCUUUGCAUUUCACCGUCCCGCUGAAGCCUGACCCCGAUUUCUCGGGAGCCGCCAAGAAAGAAGCAAGCACAAACAAACCGUAUGCUCUACCUUUACGAAUGCCCCAAAUAGACUUGGGUCAUCAUCACAAGAAGCCUUCCACUGAGAGCUUGGGACAAGAGCUUCAACCCUCGCCUCGGUGUACAGACAGCGUGGCCUGCGCUGGUGCCUCGCCGCAGUUACAGAGACACUUCAAGACCCCUACACAAGCGGAUGAGCCCAAGGACUCGCACCAUUGCCCGCUUGAUCCCGUGGAGCACGAGUGGCUGGUGAAGUCUGCGGCCGGACAGUGGAAUCAAGUGUACGGCUUGCUGUUAAAAGACGCCCAGCUUGCAGAGAAGAAGGACUUCAUGUCAGGGUUCACGGCUCUGCACUGGGCCGUCAAGUGUGGAGACGCUGACAUGGUGUGUACGAUUAUUGAGGUGUCUAGGAAGAGCGAUCAUGGGGUGGACGUCAACGGCAAGUCCAAUGGUGGCUACACACCGCUUCACAUCGCUGCCAUCCACCUUCAGCUCUUUCUGAUUGACCUUCUAGUCCGAAAGUACGGCGCCAAUGGGAACAUAAGGGACAACUGCGGUAAGAAACCCUACCACUACCUGGACACAGGGGUCUCCAGAGAGCUGAGGGAGCUUCUCGGAGAUCCGAAAGCUGGCCACCGGGAGGUGCAUCAUCAGGUCAGGGAUGAGUAUGAUGCACGGAAAUACUCGAUAGGUCACCUCUUCCUAGCUCAUCCGGUGGGGCUCAAGAAAAAGAACAAGGCGAGAAACCAGUUCAUCUCCGUCAGUGACGACGGCAGAGAGAGGGAUGAGCCAGUGUUGCAUAAACUGAGGCUGGUAUCCGAUGUCUUUCCAUAA